AUGCCUCCAACAGGUGUAUGUAAAUCGGCGUGUCCUCCCAGAUCGGACCCACUUACCAACAUUCGUCCUCUAGCCAAGAUUGACAAGCUCUCCAUCCUAGGAGUUCGUUCCUUCGAUAAUGGACGCAGUGAGACCAUCCAAUUCUACGCACCCCUCACCCUAAUCGUAGGACACAACGGUUCUGGAAAGACAACCAUCAUUGAAUGUCUCAAGUAUGCUACAACCGGGGACCAACCGCCCAACAGCAAGGGUGGCGCCUUCAUUCAUGAUCCAAAACUCUGCGGCGAGAAAGAGGUGCUCGCUCAAGUCAAGAUCUCCUUCCUAGCCACUACUGGAGCUAAGAUGGUAUGCACCCGCAGUUUGCAACUCACGGUCAAAAAGGCAACUCGUUCGGUCAAGUCACUUGAAGGUCAGCUUCUCAUGAUCAAGGAGGGGGAGCGUACAUCCAUCUCCUCUCGUGUUGCCGAACUCGAUCAACUCAUGCCCCAAUACCUUGGUGUGAGUAAGGCUAUCUUGGACUCUGUUAUAUUUUGUCAUCAGGAUGAGAGUCUGUGGCCACUCAGCGAGCCUAGUAAGCUCAAAGAUCGAUUCGAUGCAAUCUUCGAGGCCAUGAAGUACACAAAGGCCAUUGACAACAUCAAGCUCAUGAAGAAGAAGCAGACGGAAGAGCUUGGAAAGUACAAGAUCAUCGAGCAACACGCCAAGGAAGACAAGGACAAGGGUGAUAAGGCCGAGAAGCGAUCUCGAGAGCUCUACGAGGAGAUCGACAAGUUGACUUCCAAGUCAAAGGAGAUGGACACCAAGAUUGCUGAGGCUAAGCAAAAUUACAACGCUGCCUGGGAAAAGAUCAGGUUUCUUGGUGGCAUUGUCGGCCAGCUUUCAGGCAAACGUAUCGAGCAACGUGCUAAGCAAGAAAGCGUGCAAAAGUUGAAACGCAACCUCCGGGAGAUGACCGACUCGGACCAAGAACUUCAGACCUUACUUCAAAAAUACGAAGAGCGCGUUCAACUCCUGCACGACCAAGCCAACGAGGAGAAGCGCAAAUACCAACAACUCAGUCGUGAGCUGAUAGGAGACCGCGAGAAGCUCGGCAUGAAGGAGCGCCAGGUCGGCUCGUUGGAAUCCGAUCAGCGCAACUACGAUCGUCAGCUCGAAUCCAGAGAACAGCUCGUCAAGCAGACUGCCCGCAGACACAAUCUCCGUGGAUAUGAUCUGGGAGUGGACGAGGACAAGGCUCGAGAAUUCAUUGACCGCAUCAGUCGCAUGGCAAAGGAGCAGAACGCCACUUUCGAACGUGCCAGACGUGAGACACAACAAGAACUGCAACGUGCUCAAGGCGUGCUAAACCGCAUUAGCGAGCAGAGAUCAACACUGAGCCAGAAGAAGGAGAGCGCCAAGGCUACUCAUGCCGCGAACGAGCGCCGCAUCGGAGCUUUCCAGAUUGAUCUGAACAACGUCGAGGUUGACGAGGGCUCCAAGACUAUGCUCGAGUCGUCAGUUGAGGAUACUGGAAGCAAGUUGCAAGCCGCCAAGUCUGACUACGAGAUCAAGGGAUGGGAAAAGCAAGUUGACGAGACUGACGCCACUCUGCGUCGUCUAGAUGAUCAAAAAGAGAAGCUAGACAUGGAACUUGUCCAAGCUACCAAGCAGGCAGGCGACUCGGCACGUCUGGAUUUUCUGCGAAAGGAAGUGAAGGAUCGCCAGCGCAGCCUUGACACGAUGACCAAGACUCAUGGAACCAAAAUCGAUAGCAUCGUUGGCGCUGGUUGGCAGCCUACAUCGCUCGAUAGCGACUAUCAAGGUGCCCUCAGCAGCAGCAACAAGACUGUGGCAGAGGCUGAGCGUCAGCGCGAUGGCCAAGCCCGUGAACUCGAACAGCUCGAAUAUCGUCUGAAGCAAACAAAAGCAGAUCUCACUACGCGAAGACGAGAGCUCGAGAGUAACCAGAAGAGUAUUCGGAACGUCAUUGAAACAGAUCCCUCAGAAUAUCAGAAGGUUCUGGAAGAGACCGAGAGCGAGCGUGAUGAUCGCAAAAGCUCAAGUGAGUAUGCCGGACACCUCAAGAAGUACUACGAGAGCGCAGUGCGAGCUGCUCGGGAGAACAAGUGCUGUCUUAUGUGCCGUCGAGGCUAUGAGAAGGAUCGCCAGGGUCUCGAAAAGUUGAUCAACUUCCUGGGUAUGGAAAUCAACAAAGCCGAGGCUGGUCGCGCGGUUGAAGAGCUUCACGAGACCGAAAAUUACCUUCAGGAGGUCAGAGCGAUCAGCUCCACCUAUGACAACUGGGACCGACUCAGAAGCAAGGAUAUCCCUAACCUCGAGCAGGAAGAGGAGCGCCUGAAGACCCGCGUAUUCUCUCUUACAAGCGAAGUUGAAGAGGAAGAUCGAAUUGUCAGCGAGCGCAAAUCAGCCAAGCAGGAGGUUGAAAGUCUCUCCAAGACCGUCCAGAACAUCGUCAAAUACGCUCAAGAAGUUGUCAGCUUCGAAAGGCAGAUUGAAGAGCUGGCCGCCAAACAGAAGAGCCAGGGCCUUUCGCGAGGCAUUGAAGAGAUUCAAGAUGAUCUCAAGACAGUCAACGAGCAGUCUCGCGGCUCCAAGAUUUUUAUGACAAAGAUUGUUGGUGAGCGCGACGGUGCCCGCAGUAACAUCAACGCUCUGGAGCUCGAGCUCCGUGAUAUCAAGUCCAAGCUCAGCACUGUCAUCUAUCAUCUCAAGGAGAAGGUGUCUCUUGAGAAACAAGUCAAUGAGCUCAAGGCACAGAAUAACGAACUCAUUGAUUCCCAGCGAUCGUUUGAGCAGGAGCUCACUGAUCUUGGCCCCGAGAUGUCCCAAGCUCAAUCGAGAUACGACGAUAUAUCUCGCCGCGGCGCAGAGAAGGAUAAACAGCUCCGUGAUGAGACAGCUGCUCUGAACGAUAGCGUGAACAAGCUGCAGAUGGUUGAGCGGGAGAUCAGUGGCUAUAUUCAGAGAGAUGGCCCUGCUCAGCUGGCACAAGCGAAAAGUGCAAUCGAUGAUAUGAGACAAGGCAUUGAGCGUCUCGAGAACAACAUGCAAGCCAUCACCAAGCAGGUCAAGGAGUUUGAGAACAACCUCCAGAACGUUGAAGAGACGAAGCUCCAGAUCGCGGACAAUCAAGAAUACCGCCAUGACUUAGCUGCAGUGGAGGUGAUUGGCGCCGAGAUAAGGGAGCUUGAGACGCACAACGCUGAAGAGGAGAAGGCCACUCAUGAACGCGAAAGCAGCCGCUGGGAGAUGGCACGCAACAAACUCACAGCUGAGCAAGCAUCAAUCAUAGGCCAGCUGAAGGGCAAAGAUGACCAGCUCAAGCAAAUUCUCCAGGACUGGGAACAGGAUUACAAGGACGCUGCCUAUAAAUUCAAGGAAGCUCACAUCAAGGUCGAGACGACAAAGGCGGCCAUCGAGGACCUUGGUCGUUACGGCGGUGCACUCGACAAGGCCAUUAUGAGAUACCACGCGCUGAAGAUGGAAGAGAUCAAUCGCAUCAUCGAAGAGCUCUGGAAAAAGACGUAUCGCGGCACUGACGUAGAUUCGAUUCUGAUUCGAUCCGACAACGACGCGCAGAAGGGCAACAAGAACUACAACUACCGCGUCGUGAUGUGCAAGCAAGAUGCCGAGAUGGACAUGCGUGGUCGUUGCUCGGCCGGACAGAAGGUACUCGCGUCCAUCAUCAUCCGGCUAGCACUGGCAGAGUGUUUCGGGGUGAACUGUGGGUUGAUCGCACUGGACGAACCCACAACCAACCUCGACCGUGACAACAUCCGCUCCCUGGCAGAAUCUCUGUCCGAGAUCAUCCGCAUCAGACGACAACAGUCGAACUUCCAGCUGAUAGUCAUCACGCACGACGAGGAGUUUUUGAGAUACAUGAACUGUGCCGACUACACAGACUACUACUACCGCAUCAGCCGCAAUGAGAGGCAGAAGAGCAUCAUUGUGCGCCAGAACAUCGCAGAUGUAAGCAUAUAA